AAAACAAAAGCAAGCUAUUCGGAACAUUGGUUUUGGAGGCUUUUUGGAAUUGGAUUUACCAAUCCAUAUUAAUUCUACGUUGACAGAAAACUUGGUUACGAAUUUUGACACGGAGAGAUGUUGUUUGAUGUUACCAAAGAGAAAACAAGAAAUCUUUUUGGAGGCAAUUGAUGUUCAUUUGGCUUAUGGGUUGCCAUUGGGAGGCAAAAGGAUUGAGCAACCAAAUGAUGAGUCAAAUCUGAAAUGGAGCAAGUUUCUAAAAGCUUGGAGAAGCAAGUUUGGCCUCAAAAAAGGAAGUCCAACCAACAAGAGAUUGAUUGACAGAAUUCAAGAAUUGAAGAAGGAAAAAUCAGUUUCUGAUGAAUUUCUUUGGAACUUUGUGGUAUGUGUUGUCAAUUGUUGCAUUCGAUCAACAAACAACCCACAACUAUACAUUAAAUUCUUGUAUAGUUGUAUGGAUGUAAAGAAAAUUGCUGAAUUGGAUUGGUGCACAUUUGUGAUUGAGCACUUGAAAGAUUCUGUAAGUGUAUGGAAGAAGGGAAAUUCUUACUUUACAGGUCCUUUACCUUUUCUAAUGGUAUUCUAUUUUGAUCGUCUACAAAGAGGAGGGUUAGAAAAACCAAGAAAAUGUCCACUAAUUUCGGUGUGGACAAAGGAAAGGAUUCAAGUGAGAUAUAAGUUUGAAAAAGAUCAUGGAUUUGGAUAUGGAAAACUCUUGGAAAGAAUGGAAACAAUUGUGGUAUGAUAUUUGUAUAUGUUUAUGUUUAAACACUACACUUUAUGUUGUUGUUUUCUAAAUUUUAUAAUUUAUAUACUAGAAGGCACCAAAAGGAAAAAAGAAACAACCAAAACAAAAGGAAAAAGAGAAGAGAAUGGAAAAAUCAUCAAUAGGUUCUAGUUCUACAACUUCUCGAAAUGACAUGAUGGGCUUUUUGAGCAAAUUUGGAGAUUUGGCAAAAACACUUGCCUCGAAUGUUAAAGAGAUGUAUGGCAUGUUAGAACAAGCAAAAGAUCUUUUUGUUGAGGAAGAAACAACAGGAAAAAUGCAACAUCUCAUAGACAACAUAUGGUGCAAGUACACAACAAAGACAUUCGUGAACCAAGAAGAAAAGAAAAGCCCUUCUAUACUCAGCCAAGAUCAACAUGUCUUCGAUGAACCGGCAUUUAUUGAAGAAUUGGAUAUGGUUAUGGAUAAGGCAUGGAAGAAAUUCGAGGAAACAAGGUCACCAAAGUCACCGACAGUUGAUUUGAGAUCAAAGGAAGAGGAAAAAGAUAAGAACAAAGAACAGAGAAAUGAAGAGAAUAAAGACAAAAACUUGUUGAUUCCCUCACCAGUAGUUGGUAAUUUCACAUUAUUUUCAAAUUCAUUUUUUAUGUACUAAUAUUUACUAGAUAUGUUCUAAUAUUACUUCUUAUGCUCUAAAUUUUUUCUGGU